AUGGCCAACCUCGCAAAACUCGAAGAGCACCUCGCCACCAGGUCCUACGUUGAGGGAUACACCCCAUCGCAGGCCGAUGUCGCCGUUUUCAAAGCCAUUUCGACAGAGCCCAGCGCAUCCGCAAACCCCCAUGUCGCCCGCUGGUACACCCACAUCAAGUCCUAUGCCGCGGAGCACUCUUCUUUGCCGGGAUCCAGCAAGGCUGGUGAGGCCUUCCUCGGGGGUGCGGCUCCAGCCCCGGCUGCCGAAGAAGACGAGGAAAUCGAUCUGUUCGGAUCGGAUGACGAGGAGGAUGCUGAGGCUGAGCGUAUCAAGGCUGAGCGUGUCGCUGCCUACAACGCCAAGAAGGCAAGCAAGCCCAAAACUGUAGCCAAGUCUGUCGUCACCAUGGACGUCAAGCCAUGGGACGAUGAGACCGAUAUGGUUGCCCUCGAGGCUGCAGUCCGUUCCAUCGAACAGGAUGGUCUCGUCUGGGGUGCUAGCAAACUUGUCGCCAUCGGAUAUGGUAUUAAGAAGCUCCAGAUCACCCUCGUCGUUGAGGAUGAGAAGGUCUCGACCGAUGAGCUCCAGGAGAAGAUUGCCGAAUUCGAUGACUACGUCCAGAGCACAGAUAUCGCGGCCAUGCAAAAACUCUAA